UCCAACGUGCCCCAAAUGGAAGGAGCUGGCACCCGCCUGUCCGUCCCUGGAGCCCUUGAGGGAGAUCUCAGCACUUCUUGGUCCCGAGAGUCUAAAGUCCAGCCACCAGCCGCGUCCUCUCCUGAGGGCCUCCCGGGAUGUCCUCGCACUAGCCGAGAGGUGCCGCACACUGAAGAUAACAACCCCAGUCUGACCCCACUGGUGACUUUCCCAGAGUCUUUGAAGGGCAUAAUCUACAGUGACCUUAACUACCCUGUGACCCUGCAGUGGGUGGCGAUCACGGACCCAGAGCCAGUGUGGCUGAGCUGGACCUUGAAUGGGAAGCCAUGCGGAACUGGGGAGAAGCUAUUUAUCUGGUGACUGUCCCCAAAUCAGCUGGGCGUGUACCUGUGCAUAGAAGAGCUGGUCUCUGAGCCGGUGACUGUCUCACUGAGCCGUAAGUGUCCCCAGGACACUUGUAUCCACAUGGUUUUAGGGGAGAAGAGCAAGGCCUUCCAGAGCCGUGCGAGCCUUGCUGGGGCUGUGGCCAGAAUCCUCAGGUUUGCCUGCGCGCCCUCUCCGCAGGGCUUGGCUGAGAAACUGGUCCGCAGCCGCCCCUGGAGUGUGCUUACCAAGACCCUACAGCCGGCCACCCCGGGAGGCCCAUCCCUGAUCCGAGCUGUCCGCUUCUGUUUAGUCCUGGCACUUAAGGAGACCCUGUGUCUCCCGCCCGUCCUCCCGAGGACACCCACUCCCGCCCACCGGAGUCGCUGUCCCGUGGGCUGAGCUCAGUUCUAUUCCCAGAUUAUAGGUGAGGCACAGACAAGUCAAGACAUUAAUUCCAGGUCACACAGCCAGGGGGC